AGCUGGCUCCUUGACUGGAAGUGUUAAUGUAAUGUGUGUGUGCACCUGUGCAGGCUGGGAUGAUCCUAGACAACGGCGUAAAGACCACACAGGCCAAUGACAAGGACAAGAGACCCUUCCUUUCUCUAGUGGGAGCAAGAUAUGGACCCCACCAGGAUGCGGAUCCCUUCAAGCCCCGUGUCCCAGCUCUCAUCCACCAUUUUGUGGCCUACAAGAACCAGGACCACGGAGCCUGGCUGAGGGGAGGAGAUGUCUGGCUGGACGACUGCCAAUUUGCUGAUAAUGGAAUUGGCCUAACACUGGCUAGUGGUGGUACAUUCCCUGAUGAUGAUGGCUCUCGUCAGGAGGUGAAGAACAGUCUGUUUGUUGGGGAGAGUGACAACAGGGGCAUGCCCAUUCCUGACAACCGUAUCUGGGGUCCCGGGGGACCCGACCUCAAUGGGAGGACCCUGCCUCGAGGAGUUGACUUCCCUAUCCGCGGCAUGCAGAUCUACGACGGGCCCAUCAACGUGCAGAACUGCACCUUCAGAAAGUACAUUGCCCUGGACGGUCGACACACCAGCGCCUUCGGCUUCAGACUCAACAACUCCUGGCAGAGCUGCCCUAACAACAACGUCACCGACAUCACCUUCGACGAUGUGCCUAUACCGUCCCGGGUGUUUUUCGGCGAGCCCGGCCCAUGGUUUAACAAGAUGCAGAUGGACGGUGACAAGACCACCAUAUUCCACGAUGUGGACGGCUCGGUCAGUGAGUACCCUGGAGCCUUCCUGGUCAAAGAGGACAACUGGUUACUGAGACACCCUGACUGUAUUGACGUGCCUGACUGGAGGGCUGCCAUCUGUAGUGGGCAUUAUGCACAGAUCUACAUACAGACACGUAACCCUGCCAGUCUGAACAUGCAGAUGGUAAAGGAUGAGUACCCUGACAGACCCCUGACACUAGAGGGCGCUCUGGGCAAGAGGAAGCACUACCAGCAGUUCCAGCCCGUGGUCACCCUGGGUAAGGGCUACACUGUACACUGGGACCAGGCUGCUCCUGCAGAGAUCACUGUGUGGCUCAUCAACUUCAACAGGAACGACUGGAUCAACGUGGGCUUCUGCUACCCGCCAGGCACCACCUUCACGAUCAUCUCGGACAUCCACAACCGGCUGACCAAGCAGACAAGGAAGACCGGUGUGUUCAUGAGGACCACACAGAGAGACAAGAUCAACCAGUCUCACCUGUCCCGAGGCUAUUACUACUGGGAGGAAGAUACCGGCCUGCUGUUUCUCCGAGUGAAGGCCCACAAUGAGAAGGAGGACUUUGCCUUCUGUUCAGUGAAGGGCUGUGAGAGGGUUAAAAUCACAGCCGUUAUCCCUAAGGGCAGCGGCCCCAGUGACUGCAUGACACAGGCCUACCCCCUGCACGCAGAGAUGCCCAUCGUAGAUGUGCCCAUGCCAAGGAAACUGCCCAGCGCCAAGCUGCGCACCACAGACCACUUCCUAGAGGUCAAGCUGGAGUCCUACAACACACGCUUCUUCCACAUCAAGGAGGACUUCGCCUACACAGAGGUUAACGGCAGGAAGUUGUACCAGCCAGAUGAUGGGGUGCAGCUGACGGUGAUGGACGGCCAUGAUGGGAGACUGGUGGAGAGCAAAGGCUUCAGGAACUCCAUACUGCAGGGUGUACCUGCCCAAAUAGAGGGCUAUGUUAACAACCUGACAGACCACUCUAUCGUCAUAAUAACGUCUAAGGGUCGUCUGGUGACUCGGGGCCCCUGGACCAGAAUACUGGAACUUCUCGGAGCUGACAAGACCCUCAAGUUGAGAGACAAGCUCACGUUUGUAGGCUUCAAGGGCACUUUUCGACCUGACUGGGUCCGUAUGGAGGUGGAUGAGGAGAGAGCUAAGAUCCAUCAAGUCCUCCCUAUCCCUGUGGUCAAGAAGAUUAAGCUAUGAGAGGAGAGAGGAGAGGAACCAGGUGUAGUGGGGGGCACACACGAGACUACACCUCCCACACAACCCACACACACUGCCCCUAGGGCUGGAGUAGGUAAAAGUUGUUCCUAUAACUACUGGUCCAAGAUCAGAUGUUUUUCACCACUAAAGAAUAAUUAAGGUAAUCUGUGGUUAGGGACCGUUUCAACCCGGUGCUACAGAGUGUGGGCCAGCCAAUCAAACGCAUGCGUUUUUCUCUCACCUAUCAACUUCCCCACCUUGCAGGUCUCUGUUUAUGUGACAAUGUUGACUAUGUGAGUGAUUCGACUGUAUCGUUCAUUUGACUGUACUGAACUUUUAAAACGCGAGGAGAAAAAAUGACCAACAAACAUUUCUUGUUUUUCAUCCUACUCAGAGACAGAUUUCCUAAAUGUUUGCACCUGUGUUUUCCAGUGGGAAGUUAACGUCGUUUAACACACUAGAACAAAAAUGUAGACCAAUGAAGUAGAAGAGAGACAUUAAGUGACUUUUAAAGUAGAACCAAAAGGUCAAUUACAGGUUAAAGGCCCAGUGUGGUCAAAAACAUGAUUUUCCGGUGUUUUAUAUAUAUUUCCACACUGAGGUUGGAAUAAUAGUGUGAAAUUAUGAUAAUGCCCUUUUAGUGUAAGAGCUGUUUGAAAAGACCACCUGAAAUAUCAGCCUGUUUUGGUGAGAUGGAGUUUUGGCCUGCCUGGUGACAUCACCAUUAGUUAAUAGACCAAUAACGAAGAUAGUUCCAAACCUCUGCCAAUAACAGCUAGACCACUCCCAGCCAGUCCUAGCUAAAUCCUUGCUUGAGAAAUUGCUCUUUGCUAAGAAGCUAUUUGUAUUUCUUUUUGACCAUUUUAAUUCAAAACAAUCACUUAAGGUACUUAAUUGUUACCCAGAAAUUAUUUGAUAUUGAGAUUUUUAAAAACGGCUGCAUUUGACCUUUUUAAGAUUACCUGGAAAAUCUUUUAGGUAAAUUAAGAUUUUUUUUUUUUUACCCUUCUACUGAAUAAAAAACAAACAACUUUGCACCAGGUGCAAACAUUUAGUCCACCUGGCGUGAAGAUUCCAUUCCAGAGAAGCUGUUUCCCCGUCUUUUAUGUGAGGGCUUUAGAUCGCUUACUUGAUAUUGUGUAAUGUUUGGUUUCAUAUAACUGUUCAUAUGAACGUUUGUGGUCCAUCGGUCUGUGUUUUAUUAAACAUACCAGCAUGUAAAGAAACCCCAAAAUGAUCCUGAAUAUAUCCAAGGACAUUUUUUGGUCACUUCUAAAGUGCUAUCUGGUCUUAGACAAUACUCCCAAAUCAAAACUUUAAAUGUUAUUUAAGCAAUUUAUAAAUUGGCGAUUUUUCUUCAAAUCUGGCAAGAAUCAGAUAAACGUUUCCCUUUGCCCGAAAUAGCUGGUCUUUUUUCGGACGUGGUAGUUCUUAGUGUUUUCUAUGUUUAAAUGUGUUUUUAAAAAUUCCACAGAUUGAUAACAGAGAUAUAUUUUAUACUUAUUUAUUGUACAGACAUAAUUGAACAAAAUCUACAAGGGACAUCUUUUGAGUUGUAUUGUAUUCUGGUCCUGAAUUAUAUGUAAGAAUAAAAAAUACUAUAACAUUUCAAAACAAUCAUACUAAACACUGCUAUGGCAUAAUAUAACUCAUCGUAGUUACCGCGUUGUUUUGUUUUAACCCUACACCAAAUGGAUGUGAUGUAUUAUACGUGACUUGGGCUUGUAAAGUAAUUCAAUCUCAUGACUUAAAAUCUUUGAAUGACUUUUGUACAGAAAUAAAUGAAUAAGUGAAUUUAUAA